UUCCAAAAGAUUAAAUGCAAGCUGCCGAAAGUAAGUACCUCCUAAGUUUCAGGGCCAAGUAUCAGGUUUAGUCUCCCCUCGGACUCUUCCAAUCCGCCUAUGGGUGAAAGAAAAAAAUAAAUAAAUAAACUAAUAUGCAAUUUUGCCGUUAGAUUGAGAGCUUGUAGAGAAAGCCGAAAGAAAGAUUAGGGCUAUAUGAGUAAACCUGACGGAACAAGCCGCAGUAGGGGGUGUGUUUGUCCGGAGAUUCAAGAUUGGAGUGAAGUCUGAACCUUUAUCUGCGUCAAGAAACUUUUCUGGGACCAACAUGCAACAGGGUGGGGGAUCUGAAGCCGAGGUGACUUGGGAGGAUCAGCAGAAUAUCAACAAGUUCGGUAGAUUAAACAACCGAUUUCACGAGCUGGAUGAUGAAGUCAAGAUCGCCAAGGAAACAAAUGAGAAUCUGGAGGAUGCAAGUAAUGAAUUGAUUCUUACUGAUGAGGAGGUGGUUCGUUUUCAAAUAGGAGAAGUCUUUGCUCAUGUUCCAAAGGAAGAAGUUGAAACCAGGAUAGAACAGAUGAAAGAGGCGAGCAGUAAAAACUUGGAAAAACUUGAGGAAGAGAAGGAUUCGGUCCUGGCACAGAUGUCAGAGUUAAAGAAGAUUUUGUAUGGAAAGUUUGGAGACUCCAUCAACCUAGAGGAGGAUUAAUGUGAUGCUCCUUUAGCUUGUCUGUCUUACUUUGUUCUCCUCUGAGGAAACUAUCCAUUCAUUUUUCAUCAUUUUUCAAAUGUCAGGAGAAAUGACUCCUCCUAGUGGUUUUCUGGUAUAUAAGCUUCUUGAUUGUAGACAGUAUAUUUAAUUGAUGUUUAUCACUUAUCAGUCUUA